AUGGCAAUACAUACUAUUCUCCUAGCUUUUUUUUCAACUCUAUUCAUCUCAUGUGUCAAUGCUCACUCUUACAAGCCCAAUGUCACAGUUGCCUUUGAUGGCAGUGGCAACUUCAGCACCAUUAACGAAGCCAUAUCAAAGAUUCCGAUGGGUCGUAACAAUCCAUAUGUUAUUUUUAUCAAAAAAGGUACAUAUAAUGAAGCAGUCUACAUAGCUCAAAAUAAGUCUAAUUUAGUUUUAAUUGGAGAAGGCAUGGAGAAGACCAUUGUUCAAUUUAACAAAACUGUGAAACAAGGUUACGGAACUUCAGGAUCAGCUACCGUGGAUAUUAGCGCCAAUGAUGUGUUUGUUAAAGGUACAAAAUUUGUGAACAAUGCAGGACCUAAUGGUGGCCAAGCCGUGGCAUUAAGAGUAGCCGGUGACCAAAUUGCAAUUUACGAAUGCUCCAUACAAGGAUACCAAGAUACCUUAUUGACAGCAUAUGGUAUCCAUUUUUUCCGAGAAUGUGAAGUUUAUGGCACAGUAGAUUUCAUAUUUGGGAAUUCACGAGUUGUCUUACAAAACUGUGACAUUUACGUGAGGAAGCGUACGAAAGGCACUGUGAAUAUGAUCACAGCCCAAGGUCGUGGGUCAUGGACAAGUGGAAGAUACAGGAAUAGUGCUACACAAUUGCUCCAUUAA